CUUUUUCUUGAUAUAAGGAUAAGAGAGGACACAGAGAACACACUGUGAACAGAAAGCUUUGAUGUCCCAGGAUGACUGUAAAGAGGAUGUCUGUUCUGCUGUUCCUGCAGAUGAGUUGCUAUUUUAUACCUGGGGAUUGUGGGAAAGUGUUAGUAUGGCCAAUGGAUUUCAGUCAUUGGAUGAAUAUAAAGACAAUACUGGAUGAACUUGUACAGAGGGGUCAUGAAGUGACAGUUCUGAGACCUUCAGCUUCCAUCUUUCUUGAUCCCAAUAAAUCACCUAGUCUGAAGUUUGAGAGUUUUUCUACGUCUAUCACUAAAGAUGAUCUGGACAAGGCUUUCACAAGGCUUGUGGAUGUAUGGAUUCAUGAGAUUCCAAGAGAUUUGUGUUUAUCCUUCUCUCCUUUGUUACAAAACGUGGCUGAUGAAUUAUCUGACAACUAUCUAAGGCUUUGCAAAGACACAGUUUCAAACAAACAACUUAUGUCAAAACUACAGAGAUCCAAGUUUGAUGUCCUUUUCUCGGAUGCCAUUGCUCCUUGUGGGGAGUUGAUAGCUGAACUUCUCCAGAUCCCUUUUCUGUACAGUCUUCGCUUCUCUCCUGGCUACACAAUGGAAAAGUACAGUGGAAAAUUUCUAGUCCCUCCCUCUUAUGUACCUGUAAUUUUGUCAGGACUAGGUGGUCAAAUGACUUUCAUGGAGAGGGUAAAAAAUAUGAUGUGUAUGCUUUAUUUUGACUUUUGGUUUGAGACAUUUAAUGAGAAGAAAUGGAGUCAGUUUUACAGUGAAAUAUUGGGAAGGCCUGCUACCUUAACUGAGACAAUAGGCAAAGCUGAAAUGUGGCUCAUUAGAUCCUACUGGGAUUUGGAGUUUCCUCGCCCAUCCUUACCAAAUGUUGACUAUGUUGGAGGACUCCACUGCAAACCUGCUAAACCCUUGCCGAAGGAAAUGGAAGAGUUUGUCCAGACCUCCGGAGAGCAUGGUGUCGUGGUGUUUUCUCUGGGGUCAAUGGUCAGCAACGUGUCAGAAGACAAAGCCAAUGCAAUCGCAUGGGCCCUUGCCCAGAUUCCACAAAAGGUUCUUUGGCGAUUUGAGGGCAAAACACCAGACACCUUAGGACCCAAUACCAGAAUUUACAAAUGGCUCCCCCAGAAUGACCUUCUAGGUCAUCCAAAAACCAAAGCCUUUGUAACUCAUGGUGGAGCCAAUGGAAUCUAUGAGGCGAUCCAUUUUGGAAUCCCUAUGAUUGGCAUUCCUUUGUUUGCAGAGCAGUAUGAUAACAUUGCAUACAUGGUAGCCAAAGGAGCAGCUGUUUCAUUAGAUUUCAGAACAAUGACAAAGACAGAUUUGCUCAGUACACUGGAGGCCAUCAUAGAUAAUCCUGUCUAUAAAGAGAAUGCUAUGUGGUUGUCCACCAUUCACCAUGACCAGCCCAUGAAACCCCUGGACAGAGUCAUCUUCUGGAUUGAGUUUAUUAUGCACCACAAAGGGGCCAAGCACCUGAGGCCACUUGCACACAACCUCACCUGGUACCAGUACCACUCUCUGGAUGUGAUUGGAUUCCUCCUGGCAUGUGUGGCAGCCAUAGCUUUCCUUUCCAUAAAAUCCUUCUUAUUCAUUUAUCGAAAGUUUGUAACGACAGGAAAGAAAAUGAAGAGAGAGUAGAGAAGGUAGAUGAACUACAUUUCAGCAUCGUUCCAGUUUAUGAACGGCCUUUUGAACAUUCACUGAUUACUCUAUCAAGGCAUAUCCUCAUUAGAGGGGAAGGAAGAAAUAAUGCAAUUAUAUCAUAAUCUCACAAAUAAAAGAUAUAAUGAAAAGAAAAAAAGCUGAGCAAAUGAUAAGGAAUAACCAAGUAAGCAGAUUUCCUUCAUCGUAUCAGCUUCAGUUCUGCCUCCUGGGUCCUGCCUUGAACCCCUUGUCUACUUUUCUUCAGCAAUGGACAGGGAGCUACGAGAUGAAAUAAACCCUCUUCUUUAUCAAAUAAAAACAAAUAAAAAUGAAAAAUUUAAAAAUUCAAACAAAGGAGAGGCCUGGGACAGGGACAGGCCAGACACCACUAUGAUGAGCAAAUAUGUGGUGGAGAGGUGAGACAGAAAGGGAAGUGGGAGCAGUGUGUUCUCUGUGAAGAGAGCUGGAACUGUAGAUGUGAAGACAGCAAGGAAUGGUCAGAUGUGAGAGGCCUGUACUGCUAUCCGAGGCCAUGGUGUUAUCUGGACCAGUGCUGCUGCAGAGGGCCAUGGCUCUUCUGUAGCAGGGGUCUGUGGCAACAUCCAUGCAAUGUGGACCUCCUUGGUCUGGGCUCCCAUUUGAGGCCAUGAUGCUGUCUGAGUAUGGUGCUGGUCUGCUCCAGCCCCUCACCAUCCUCCACACAGUAGCACCAGCAGUGAUACGAGUGCAGAAACGAUGGCCCCGUUCCUUGCCUGGGCAGUGUGGGAGACCUGCCCCAAUGAUGUGGGCAUGGGAGAGCUAGACCCACCAAUUGCUGGCCGCACGACUAGGGUGAGCUCACCCUGCAACAUGGCUGAGAAGCUAGGAAGAGCUGGCCCUGAACGAAGGUGUGAAAGAGCUGACCUCAUGACAUAGUGUGGAAAAGCUGGUCCAGCACCCUCAUCUGGACAGUGCCAGAGAGCUGGCCCUGUGGCAUGAGUGUGAAAGAGCUAGCCCUCAUGGUGUGGGUACAAAAAAGACUGCCUCACCCCUUGCCUGGGCAUCAUGGGAUAGCUAGCAUUGGGGAGCAACUCGGCUACCACUCAGGCCCAGAUCGCAGGCUUUGAGCUGGCCCACGCAGCACAUAGCACAUCUAUGAGCUGCUGGAGUUAAGAAAGGGCAGGUCCUGCAGAACCAAAAUUGCAGGAUCUCCAUGACACAGGGCAGCAACAGGAUAGCUCAGAGGAGUCUCAGGGAGGAUCCAGCACUGAUAGUGUAGCAGAGCCCAGAGGCCUUGAACCAUUCCAAUGACUCAUUGCAGUGAAAAUUCACAAGUAAAGCUGUUUGUUUAAAGAAUACAUCACGUGACACACCGUGAGACACUGCAGCUUCGCCCAUGAGGGGUUUUUUUUUGUAAUUUUUAUUUUCUAUUGUCUUUUGGGGAGGAAAGUUACAAGGGUGGAAGGCAGAUCUGAAAGGCCUGAGAAAUGAGUGGGGCUGCGGAGUAUGAUAUGAAAUUCAAAGAAUCAAUAAAAAAUUGUGGGAAAUAUUUAAACAAGGAAAUAACCCUUAUUCUUUUAUGAAAUAAUAGUGUGGCAAAAAUUUUAACAAGUAUGGAUCUCAUCCUCAAAACCCUUCUGAUAUUUAGCUGGGUGUUGUGUAAUUACUGUGUUUGAGGGGGUUAGUUCAAAAAACAUUAACUAACAAAUUUCAUACAUCUUAUCAUAAUAUCCUACUGUGACUGCCUCAGAACAGGAAAGACAAUGUUAAGAAUACUUGAAGAAAAGAAUGAUAUUGUGUUGUAAACGAUGGGAAAUGAUGUAAAUGUAGUUUUUUCUUUUUGUUUUGUUUAAUUUUGUUUAUCUGUUGAUUUUACUUUAAUUUUUUGUUUGACUUUAUUUUUCUCAUUUAUUUUCCACACAAACCACAGUUUUCCCUCCCUCCAUUAACAUCCUUUCUACCCUCCACCUGUGCCUCCUCCAUUUUGAAAGGGGCAGGUCCCCCAUGGGAGUCAGCAUAGCAUGGACUAUCAAGUUGAGACAGGACCAGGAUCCUUCUGCUCCAGCAAAGCUGGGCAAGGCAUCCCAACAUAGGAAAUAGGUUCCAAGGAGCCAACUCAUGCAUCAGGGAUAGGUUCCUGGUCCCACUUCUAGGGACCCCACAAACAGACCAAGAUUUAUAACUGUCACCCACAUGCAGAGGGCCUAGGUUUGUCCCAUGCAGGCUCCGUACCUGUUGGUCCAGAGUCAUGAGCUCCCACUAGCUCAGGUCUCCUGUUCUGUGGAUUCCCCAUCAUGAUCUUGAUCCUGCUGUUUCCUAUGAAAAUGUUGAAUGAGACAAAGAAAGUUCUAUAUUUUAUUAAUUAAGAAAUACACACUGAAUUAAUAAAAAAAAUGUUUCUCCUGUUAGCCUUUUUUUCAAAGAUUAAAGUUUAGGGUUAAGUUUGAAUGUAGCUCUCAAAAUUGUGCUUUGCUCAUCAGCUGUACUGAUUUGAAUUAGGGAGCCACAGUAAGACUGACAAUGUAAACAGCAUGGCCAGUGGGCUGUGAGGAGCUCAGCAAUUAAGAUGUCCACACAAGAUAUGUCUUUUGAACAUACUCGGUUUAUUCACAGCAAACACUUCUUAUAAUAUCUUGUUAAUAAAAGUUUAACAGGCACCUCACCAAGCAGGGAACAGUUGCCAGUCAGAAAAUGCUGCUGCUGGUUUUUUUUUUUUUGGGGGGGGGGGGAAUCUCCUCCCAUGAGGAUGCAGAGACUGAUGACCUCAGGAAUGGUGGGCAUAGUGUUUCCUUGAGAGGAGGGAAUGUAGAUGGAUAUACACAUCUACUACUCAGAGGCUUUGUGUGUUAAGGUAAACCUUGAUAGCCAGUUAUCUUUAAGAGUUGGAGCCUAGUCAAGGCAUGGUUUUCUGGGACCCGAGGAAAAAACCUGUGUACCACCCAGGUGCGAUCUUUCUGUGCCAUUUCCCAUGGGACACUGCUAUGCUUGGAAUUCUCCUUUCCUGUUUUGCGAGUUUUCCAUUACAAUAAAUAAAAUAUAAUUGUUUUCUUUUUA